UGACACAGCAGUCACACCCCCUGACUGUAGCUGUGUUUUGAGAUAUACUGUCUUGAAUUUGCUUCUUUUGUCUGUGAUACGUGUUUGGAGCCUCAACUGCUGACACUACGAUGUACCGCUGGGUGUGUCUACUAUUGGUGAUGGCCACUAUAGUGGGCCGGAGCACGGCACAAGACAUGUGCGGCUAUAAGAAAUGCUCGGCGCUGCCUGUGAAGCCAGGCUAUGUGAAUGUCCACCUGGUUCCGCACACUCAUGAUGACGUCGGCUGGCUAAAGACCGUGGACCAGUACUACUAUGGUGCCAAUAACAGUAUCCAGAUCGCAGGUGUUCAGUACAUCCUGGACUCGGUGAUCCCGCAGUUGGAGAUGAAGCCGAGCAGGACGUUCAUCUACGUGGAGAUCGCGUUCUUCUACCGGUGGUGGCGGGAACAGGACGCCGACAUGAGGGAGAGGGUCAGGAAACUCGUCAACAACGGCCAGUUGGAGUUUAUAAACGGCGGCUGGUGCAUGAAUGACGAGGCCAGCACACACUACAACGCUAUCAUCGACCAGAUGACGUUAGGUCUGCAGUUUCUCAACACGACGUUCGGUGAGUGCGGGCGCCCCCUAGCGGCCUGGCACAUCGAUCCAUUCGGGCACUCCCGUGAGCAGGCCUCGCUCUUCGCGCAGAUGGGAUUUGACGGUUUCUUCUUCGGGCGGCUGGACUACCAGGACAAGGCAAACCGACUGAAGUACCAGAACAUGGAGGAGAUCUGGCGAGCCAGUCCGGACGAUCUGGGGCCGGCUGCAGACCUCUUCACAGGCGCCCUGUACAACCACUACGUUCCGCCAGGGGGCCUCUGCUUUGACAUCGGCUGUGGGGACCAGCCUGUUGAGGAUGACAUGUCCCUGCACGACUACAAUGUGGCGAAUCGAGUCGGCAUCGCUGUCAAUACGUCCUUGGAGCAGGCGAAGCAUUUUCGCACAGACCACAUCAUGUGGACGAUGGGGUCGGAUUUCCAGUACCAGGCAGCUCACACGUGGUUUAAAAACAUGGACAAACUCAUCGCACAUACCAACAGUAUGGAGAACACAAAGGUGAACCUUCUGUACUCGUCCCCGUCCUGUUACGUCUACCACAAAAACAACGCCUCAGCAGCGCCUCCUGUCGUUAAGUUUGCGCACAACAACACGGCCGACUUCUUCCCCUACGCGGACCAGCCGCACGCCUUCUGGUCGGGAUACUUCACAUCCAGACCUGCCUUUAAGGGAUAUGUCAGGAGAUGUAACAAUCUGCUACAGGUUUGUAAACAGUUGGAAGUUAUCGGAGGACCGAAGUUUUCCGACAAGGUCCCCCUGCCGACAUCAGAAAGGCUCAGAGAGGCGAUGGGCGUCGCGCAGCAUCAUGACGCCGUCAGCGGCACGGAGAAACAACACGUGGCAAAUGACUACGCCAUGCGGCUUCACGCAGGCGCAGUGGAAUGCCAGGUAACGUUGUUGUAUCUGUUACAACAUGAUUCUUUACUUUGCAGUUUUGCAUUUCAAACUACACGUGCCUAUCAAACUUAUAUAAUGCGUAUAAUGUGUUUAAACGACCUUGUUAUCGUCAGCAUGACUCUACAGCAGAGAAUGGCAAAAGAUAGUGCCCUGCCGCCUAUACCUGAGUUCUGUAACUACCUGAACAUCAGCGUCUGUCCAGUUACUGAAAACGAGUUGAUCAAGUCGUUCACGGUGACAGUGUACAAUCCCUUGGCACGUCAGCUGACCGGAUAUUACGUACGACUUCCGGUGAAUGGAGAUGCCUUUGAGGUUAUUACUGACCCGAAAGGCAUAAAUGUUAUAACUCAGGUAACGAAGGUGAGCCCCCGGACACAGGAAAUCAGAGGAAAACGCGGAAAAGCCACGCACGAACUUGUCUUUGCCGUGACUGCGCCUGCGCUAGGUUUCAGUACAUACUUUGUCAGCCAGUCCAGCAACAUUUCCAGGGAAAAACUGCCGAAAAAUGAGAUGAUGACGUCGCGACCACGCUCUUUGGGUGAGGACCAAGAAAUACACAAUGAGCACAUUAGCGUGGUGUUUGACGGUAAAACCGGCCUCCUGAAAAGCGUGGUGAACCUGGAGACCAAGGUGACUCUGAAGGUGAACCAAGGGUUCUACUGGUACAACUCCAGCGCCGGAAACAACAAGGCCAGCAGCAGGAAGUCUGGAGCCUACGUCUUCAGACCGAACAGUACCGAGGCGAUUCCUAUUCAACCUGAGAAGUCUGUCAUCACGAAUGUGGUAAGCGGGCAGGUUGUUCAGGAGGUACAGCAGAUGUUCAGCCCGUGGGUGAGCCAGGCGGUCCGGCUGUACUCCGGACAGCGCCAUGUGGAGCUGGAGUGGACGGUGGGACCGAUCCCCAUCAAGGACGGUCUGGGGAAGGAAAUCAUCUCUCGUUUCGAUACAGACAUUAUGUCCAACAGCACGUUCUACACAGAUGCUAACGGCCGUGAAAUGCUGGAGCGGGUAGUGGACCGCCGUCUGACGUGGAAACUGAACCAGACUGAACCGGUGGCAGGGAACUACUACCCUGUCAACAGCAGGAUACUCAUCAAGGACAAGUCCAAACAGCUGACUGUCCUGACUGACCGGUCACAGGGCGGCAGUGGUCUGAAGAACGGGUCUCUGGAACUCAUGGUCCAUCGGCGCAUGCUCUAUGACGAUGGGUACGGCGUAGGAGAACCACUCAAUGAGACAGGAGUGUUCGGAGACGGUUUGGUAGUCCGCGGGAAACACUACCUCCUACUGGACACCCCUGAGAGCUCGGGCCAGCUCCACCGCGCCCUCGGGGAGCAACUGUACAUGGCACCGAGCAUCCUACUCAGUCUGGCCGGUAGCAUCAGCCCCGCUCAGUACAGGAAAGACUUCCACACAAACUUCACAGCUUUAAAGCGUGAACUGCCCUCCAGCGUCCACCUGCUGACUCUGGAGAUGUGGGAAGACGACACGGUGCUGAUGAGACUGGAGAAUCAGCUGCAGAAGGCGGAGGGUGGCACUACUCAGAACGUUUCCUUGCCGGGUCUGUUCAAGACGUUUGAGGUGGAUGUUGACUCGGUGGAGGAGCUGACUUUGGGCGCUAACUUCCCUGCCGCCAACCUGCAGCGGCUAACGUGGAACACAGAAAGCGGACAGACGAAGUCUGAAGCUCUCCGCUGCUGGGACGCCGGGACGACCACAGUCUCUCUUCAGCCCAUGCAGAUCUGUACACUGCGCUUCAAACUGCAGCGGAAUCAGGCAUAGGAAACAAAAUGUUGUGCUUUCUGUUUCCAGACCAACCCUAGAAAAUAAAAAUGUCGACCCUAGCUUGCCUUCUUAUUGGUGAAGCUUUUUGUGGGUGACACCUAUAAAUGAAAACUGAAAUCUGACAUUGAUAUUGAAAUUUGUGUCUUAAUGCACGUUUUAUUUUACUUAAAUGUAUUCUACUAGUUGAAUCUGUAGCCAAUGUCAAAAAAAGGCAGAAAAAUUCACUACCUUGUGACCCCAUCUUUUUAAAUUUUCAGGACUGAAAAACGAAACCCAUUUUUUUGUUUAUUUCAUAGGCCUUAGGAUCUCAUCCAGCAGUUACACUAUAUUAAUAAAAUACGCUUCAAUUAAAUAUUUAAAUCCAAUGCAAAAGUCUUUUCGGAGAUAUUUUGCUUUCUAUAAAAACACUCUAAUCAUGUUGAACAUGAAAAAAAAUUAUAAAUAAAAAUCCGCUGAUCU